GUGAAAUGGGCGGAGUCACACUGGAGCAUAAUCAAGAUGGCCACCUUCACUGAAAGGAUGGCUCCUGUCUUGGUGCUGUGGCUGGCCGUGUGCCUCAGUGGGACGUGGGCUGUGGACAAGGGCAACUUCAAGACCUGUGACCAGAGUGCCUUCUGCAAACGUCAGCGUGCAUUGAAGCCUGGCGAGUCUCCCUAUCGAGCCCUGCUGGAGACCAUGGAGCUGACCAAUACCAGACUCACCCUGCAGCUCAUCAAUGACAACAAUAAGGUGCGUCUGCUGCUGGAGCUCUACCGUCUACAGGGAAACAUAACGAGGGUGAAGAUUAACGAGCUCAAGCCUCUGAAGCCGCGCUAUGAGGUCCCAGACGUGCUCAUCAGGGAGCCACCUACUGAGCCCCUGUCUCUCUUGUCUCAGGACGAGAAUGGGGUAGUGCUGUCCCUGGGGCCGGAGUCUCAGAGGGUCAUCGUCAGUGCCCGUCCCUUCCGAUUGGACAUCAUGGAAGGGCGAGACGUGCUGAUGUCGCUGAACUCGCGCGGCCUGCUGGCCUUUGAGCACCUGAGGAUCCGCAAGGACACUUUCUCCUAUAAAGUAACUAGCACAGUGGCUAGCGUGUGGGAUAAUAUCAAGAGGGUAUUCUCUAGUCAGGCAGCUCCAGAGGCAGAGAAGAAAGAGGAGGCUGAUCCGGCGAACCAGGCCGAGACAGCAAAAGAAGAGGAAGAGAAAGUAGAAGACGGGAUGUGGGAGGAAACAUUUAAAUCGCACUCAGACAGCAAACCUAAUGGUCCAUCUGCCGUUAGUUUAGACUUUUCAUUGCCAGGGGUGGAGCACGUGUACGGCAUCCCAGAACACGCAGACAACCUCCGGCUCAAAACAACAGACAAUGGUGAUCCAUAUCGGCUCUACAACCUGGAUGUGUUCCAGUACGAGCUGUAUAACCCUAUGGCCCUUUACGGCGCUGUCCCAGUCAUGUUGGCCCACAGCUCCCAGCGGACCACAGGCAUCUUCUGGCUUAACGCCGCUGAGACUUGGGUGGAUAUCAGCUCCAACACAGCUGGAAAGACUGUGUUUGGGAAAAUGCUGGAUUAUGUGCAGGGCUCCAGUGAGACGCCGCAGACAGACGUCCGUUGGAUCUCUGAAAGCGGUAUCAUCGAUGUCUUUAUUAUGCUUGGACCAACACCCAACGACGUCUUCUCUCAGUAUGCCUCCCUCACAGGCACCCAGUCCUUCCCUCCCCUUGCUGCCCUGGCCUACCACCAAUGCCGCUGGAACUACAAUGACCAGGAAGACGUGCAGACAGUGGAUGCAGGCUUUGACGAGCACGACAUCCCCUAUGACUUUAUCUGGCUCGACAUCGAGCACACCGAUGGCAAGCGCUACUUCACUUGGGAUCCACACAAGUUUGCAACACCGAAGGAAAUGCUGCAGGGUCUCUUGGAAAAGAAACGCAAGAUGGUGGCCAUUGUGGACCCUCAUAUCAAAGUAGAUAGCAACUACAAGAUCCAUAAUGAAAUCCGCUCUCGGGGUUUCUAUAUCAAGAAUAAAGAUGGUGGAGACUACGAGGGCUGGUGCUGGCCUGGUAGCGCCGGCUAUCCAGACUUCACCCGUGAAGACAUGAGGGCCUGGUGGGCCAGCAUGUUCGCCUACGAUCAGUACGAGGGUUCCAUGGAGAACCUGUAUACAUGGAACGACAUGAACGAGCCGUCGGUCUUUAACGGGCCUGAGGUCACAAUGCACAAGGACGCGGUGCACGGAGCCUGGGAGCACCGUGACCUGCACAACAUAUAUGGCUUCUAUGUGCAAAUGGCCACAGCGGAGGGUCUGAUCCAGCGGUCGGGAGGAGUUGAGCGACCAUUUGUUCUGACCAGAGCCUUCUUUGCUGGGUCACAGCGCUACGGUGCUGUGUGGACUGGAGAUAAUGCUGCUGAGUGGGACCAUCUGAAGAUCUCUAUCCCCAUGUGUCUGAGCCUGGGCCUGGUUGGAAUGUCUUUCUGUGGUGCUGACGUCGGUGGUUUCUUCAAGACUCCGAGCACUGAGCUGCUGGUGCGUUGGUACCAGACGGGGGCGUACCAGCCGUUCUUCAGGGCCCACGCCCACCUGGACACCCCCCGCCGUGAGCCCUGGCUGUUUGGCCCAGAAAACACAGCGCUGAUCCGUGAAGCUGUUCGCCAGCGGUACACCCUCCUGCCCUACUGGUACCAGCAGUUCUACCACGCACACCGUACCGGACAGCCCGUGAUGAGACCGCUGUGGGUGGAGUAUCCUCAGGAUCCUGCUACUUUCGCUCUGGAUGACGAGUUCUUGAUCGGUGAGACACAAAACUCCAAAACUUUAAUAUUUUGCUUUUUUAUGUCUGGUUUGUCUAAUUUUUGGCAUUUUUGUCUUUAAAAAAUGACAAAGAUU